AUGGAGGAGAAAGUAUACGAUCAUGAGAUAAAGGACGUACUCGAGAAGAGUGAUCCGAAAGAAGUAGACCGAAGCUUCAUGGAUGAUGUACUACAGAAGAUAAGAAAGAAGAGAGAGCUGACCCCACAAGAGGUAGCAAGAGCUAUUUUAUUUAUGGCUGACUUUCCGGACAGGGAGUGGAACCUCUCUGCAAUAGUUGGGUCUAUGAAGAGUAAUCUUGAAGAGAUCAACUGGAGAGAUGUUUACUCGUGUUUUCUUGAUGUGAACUUCAGCAUUUGGACUCUGGAGUCUUUGUAUGUUAUCAUUGACUGCUGGGUUCAUAUUAGCGGGAUCAUUACUGUUCCAUAUGAGAUAUUUUUCAAGAGAUGGAAGAAUGAAAGGGCACAAAUAUAUUUUUUGAGGCUGAUUAUAGAGAGUGAUGAGAAGAGGACGCAGCUGUAUUCGAAUGUGUUCUUCAACAGGAUUGUCAGUAUUGAAGACUCAAGAAGCUAUCGUUUCAAGAAUGUGAUGGGGUAUGAGAGUAACUUCAAUUGUGUGGAGCUUUUCCAAUGUAUUGGGAUGCUUGGAUCGAUUCCAUUGGUUGAGUUAAUUGCUAAGAAAUCACCUGAAUGGUGUGCAGCAGGGCUUGGGUUUAUUCAGCCGAAGUUUUCGAGGGUUUUUGAGGAUCUUUUGACGGGCUUUGCAAGAGGGGCACCCAAUAGCUUUAUUUUGCAUGUACUGUUUAAGAACCACUCAGAGAUGAUGCUCCAGAAAGCCUUAAUUCUGGUUAGGGAGGGGAUACCAGUAUCUCGGGUUCUCGACAUGUUUCUGGAGCACAAGAUGCUUCCUCUUGUUUCUGAGCUGUUAGAUCCACCUGAGCUUUGCUUUGAUAUCAUUGUGUUGAGCUCUAUCCGAGAUCAUCUGAAUCUUGGGAUCUGGCUAUCAAAUAACUUGACGACCAGAAAGGACGAGUUUGUUAGGUUGCUUGUGUUAUACUUAGAUUCAAAGAUUUCGAAAUGUAAGGAGCCAGAAAAGAUGUUUCCACUGAAUGUUGAGAUUAUGGGGACUUUCACAAAGGCUGUGGAGCAAUAUGUCAGAAUACUAAAGCCGGAGACUGUUGGAAUGUACAACGAGUUUAAGUCUAGGAUUCCCCACGUACUUCGAGCCCCGAGAAGCAAAGACAUAAGGAUUGAAGAGGAAGCAAGUAAUUUCAUUUCACAGAUCAUCAACUCACAAAGAGGGAUAGAAAGUAGUAUCAAUCAGAUCAAAGAAUUUCUAAGGGGAAAUUCACUAAGCAAAGAACUAGCAUCUCGAAUAUUUUCUGCACUACUUGAGAACUAUGGGUCGUUGUAUAAGCUUCCGAAUUCUGACCUUAUUGCAUUGCUAUAUGGAGGUUUGAUAAAAGAAAAGGUGUUCCCAAAGCCUUACCGAAGGAUGGCUAUUGAAUAUAUAAAAGGAUCUCUGAAAUAUCCUGAGAAUGAUAGAGAAUAUUCAUUUGGGUUUCGAUGCCUGGAAGUAUUCUUGCCAUCAUACCCAUCGAUUCUGCCUGAGAUUGAGGAAAUAGAAAGUGUCAAUAAUGUUCUUGUCAAAAAGGAAUUGAUCCUGGUGGAUUCCACUACUCAUCCUAUGCUGGAGCUAGAAGACAUAGUAAAGCUGGUAUUUAAGUAUGAUGGCAAGAGUGAAAAUAUUGGAGAGAUGAUUGAGUCCUUGGAUUUAGAGGCCGAGGAUAAUGGGCAUGAGCUUUCUGAGGCGAUAUCGAAGAACCUUGUAGAAAAGGAAGAAGUAAUAUUGCACAUCAUUCGGAAUAUUUUACUGGAAGAUUGUAGAAGAUUUGUGAUGGUUGUGGAAAGCUUAGGAAAAGACUUCUACUUACAGUUUGUUCGAAAGUCUCUUGAAUUUCUUAAGAUAUUUCUAGAUUACAGAAAUAGGAAUGAGGAGCAGAUUGCCAAGAACUUGGGGCUCAUACUUGGAGGAGUUAUGCUUGCCAAAAAUAGAAUUGUGACAUCCGAGCAAUUUGAUUUCAAGAAGUUUGUUGUGAAGUCUGUUGAGUGCAGAAGAAUCUUGUUUGGAGUGAAAUUCAUAUCGAGCUUUUUGAGACAAGGAAAGUACGGGAUUGUAUUUGUUCCAAAUAAUCCAUGGAUGAUGAGUAUUUUGGGGUUGUUGUCUGAGAUUUACAGCUGUACUCCAAAGGCUAUAAGGGAUGAGAUUCAAGGGCUGUUCGAUCAUUUUUCUGUUGAGCUUAUUCCCAGGCAAUUCAAAAGCCUUGGGCUGAAAUCUAAGAAAUACUUGGCAGAAUAUACAAUUGAAGAUGGGGAUCUUGUGGUCAGACAUGUGAUAUCACUUGCAUUAGACUUAAGUGUAAGGGAGAUAUGUGGAGCUAUUGUAGAAAAGGCUUGCUCUGUUGCAAUACAGACAGGAAUGGUGCUUUUCAGAACGAUGCCUGUCGAAAAGGGGAUGGAAUAUGUUCUUUUCAGGAACAUGGUGGUGAAUCUCACGAAGUUUCUGUGUCUGGUGUCUGCGCAAGAGCCCAUCAAGGCAUGUAUUUCUGGGAAUGUGUCAUACUUUAUGAAGCUUUGCUCACUAGACCUUUCAACUGAAAGAGUGUUCAAGGUGGCUCUAGAAAAUCAAACUGUGUGCUGUGAGCUUAUCCAGAGGGCUGGGGCCUCGAAGGUCAGUGAAUCUAUCAGCAGAUGUUACAACAAUUUAGAAUACCGGAAUGGGGAAUCAAGCGGUAUAAAGCUUUCUCUUCUUGAAGACCCGGGGCACAUUGAAAAGAUAGUAAUUAAGCCUGUCGAUAGUGGAGAGUACCAAGAGAUAAAGGCACACCUUGGGCAGUUAAGUAAGAAGAUUCCAUACUCGAAAAAGAACAUUGUAGCCGACGAGUGGCGUGGACUGCUAAGUGAAGGAAAAGAGCAGGUAUUCAGAAGAAUACUGGAGAGUGUGGAAAACAAUGAGGACAAGGAUGAGGAAUGCAUCCGACUUUGCAGAUACAUCACUGGGCAUCUUAUCAAGAGUGGAAGUAAGGAGGACUUCUUAUUUGAAUGCAUGGAAAAGAUAUUUAAGAUAUCAUUUAAGACACAGAAGGAGGUUCUAGGAUGGCUUAUUUAUUCGAAUGAUCCACGAAAGUUUAGCGUCAGUCUUGUUAGUAAGUUUAUAGAGCACAAUCUUAUCAAUGUUGUAGAAUACGACCAAGCUCUUUCGAAAGUUCCACUUGGAGAUGGAAAUCUUGAUUUUGUAAUAUCACUUCUGACGUCAUUGAUAACAACGGAGGUCCAGAUAUGCACUGUGUAUGACUUUAUAUGCACCCUUGAGAUGCUUGCAGGGCAUAGCGACAAUCCCAAGGUCUUUGACUUUUUCCAAAAAAUCAGUAACUUGAUGAUGCAUAUAGAAGCAAAGGGGGUAUCUGAGUAUGAUGAGUAUGUCCGGAACUGCAGGUUCACAACAGUCCCUGAGAUGUUCCUUCCGGAGUUUAUGGAAAGGACAAACUAUCCUGAAUCACUGGACAUCCGGUCGGCUUUCAAGGUAUCUUGGGAUCACUUUAUAAGAUACCAUAGGAUUCCUACUGCAUACUGCUACUUGAAGAUAGAUCCUCUCCCAAAUCUCAUCAAAGACAGGCUCUACGAGUCUAUUAAGGACAGUCUUUUUGUGUUUCUGGAAGCAUAUAGAAAGAGAAACUAUCUCUUCUUCAAACUCUAUGCAAGGUUCAUUAUGAAGAUAUUGGACGUGAUUGAAGAUACGCCUACCAACAGGUCCCUGGUCUAUUCUGUAUUAGAGGUUCUAUCGCCAUCACGGGUUCCUGGAUUCACAUCCUGCUUCUUAGAGAUCUUAGGACACAAGUUUGUUUCAAAAUACUUUGAUUCUGAGGAAGGUAUUGUUCUUGCAACAGAGACUUUGAGGUGUGGAUUCUACAACCCAAAGUUCAUGUAUCCCAUCACACAAGUUAUGCAGGCUCUCAAGAGAAGUCCUGCAUAUGUCAGGAUGUACUCUUCGUAUCUGGCCUAUUGCUGCCCUCAGGAAUAUCCUCACAUAAAGAACUUCAUUAACCAGUCCAGGGACCGAAUUGUACCUGUAGAAGGUCAGAAUUCAUUUUUCAGACUUCGGACAGCUCUCCAGAACAGGACGUCUGUGAAGGUAACUGAUCUUGGAAUAGGAAAGAAUCUCUGGGUGUAUCUAAUAGAUAACCUCAAUGAGGCAGAUUCCAUUUCAUCUACAGUGAUCGAGAGCAUUAAGUUCAUGAUAGAAAGGAAGAUGCAUCUCGAGGAGAUCUUGACAAUGCUCUGGAUUAGAAUGAAAGCAGGUGGUGCACCUAAAGCACUUGCAGCUUGUUAUGAUGAGAUUUCCUCUUUUGAUUUUUGCCGUGUAUUUCUGAAGUCUCUUGAGAAUCAUAGUUAUAAUAAACUGUAG